AUGAGUCAGUCAACUACUAUUCAACCUCUUAAUUCAGAGGAAACAACACCGCCAAAUAUACCUAGUCCAUUUGCCUUCACCCCAACGCAACUUUAUCGUCUCAUAGACCCGAAAAAUCUUUCAUUAUUAAAGAGUUAUGGAGGAAUCGAUGGUUUAAUAAAGGGUCUACAUACCGACCCUCAAACUGGUUUAAGUAGAGAUGAAUCCACCCCUUUGAAACAGAUAUCUUUUAAAGAUAUAACUAAAGAAUUGCCUGAAGACGGUAGUGUUAUAGAAAAUGAAGAUAAUGCACAACAAACGUUAGUUGUCGGUCAAAUACCUGAAGAAGGUGCUCCGUUUUAUCAGAGAAUAAAAGCUUUCGGCACGAAUUUAUUGCCUGAAAAGAAACCAAAAACCAUUUUUCAAUUAAUGUGGAUUGCAAUGCAAGAAAAGGUUUUGAUUCUUUUAACGGUAGCUGCUUUCGUUUCAUUAGGUCUUGGUAUUUUUGAAGAUUUUGGACCUCUUCAAGAAGCCGAAUCUGCCAAUCAACCUAAAAUCCGUUGGGUAGAAGGGGUUGCCAUUAUUGUCGCGAUCAUCAUCGUUGUUAUGGUUGGUAGUCUGAACGAUUGGCAAAAAGAAAAACAAUUUCAAAAGCUAAAUGCUAAAAAAGAGGAUCGUAAUGUGAAAGUUAUAAGGAAUGGUAGAGAAUCUCUUAUAUCAGUACAUGAUAUCCUCGUAGGAGAUGUACUUCAUUUGGAACCUGGUGACAUCAUCGCGGUUGAUGGUGUCUUAGUUGCUGGACAUAAUUUACGUUGUGAUGAAUCAGCUGCUACAGGUGAAAGUGAUGCUGUAAGAAAAUUGAAAUAUGAAGAUUGUUUAAAAGAAUCUGAAAAGGAAGAUGGGGGUGUAUAUUCAUUUCACUCUAAAUCGGAUCCUUUCAUACUCAGUGGUAGUAAAGUAUUGGAAGGAGUUGGGGUUUACAUUGUCACCGGUAUCGGUGUCAAUUCUUUUCAUGGCAAAAUUAUGAUGUCUUUAAGGACUGAUCCUGAAGACACACCUCUCCAAAUGAAAUUGAAUGAUCUUGCCGAAAGAAUCGCAAAGUUGGGCGGUGCUGCAGCUCUUCUGAUGUUUAUAGUUCUCAUUAUAAUAUAUUUUGUUAGUUUUCGUAACGGUGUACCAGGCGUUUUCCAAGUAUUGGAUAAUUUAAUUAGAAUCAUUAUUUCAACGGUUACAAUUAUUGUGGUUGCAGUACCAGAAGGUCUGCCUUUAGCAGUAACAUUAGCGCUCGCAUAUGCCACAACACGUAUGCUUAAGGAUAACAAUCUUGUACGUGUUCUCUCAGCUUGUGAAACUAUGGGUAAUGCAACGACAGUUUGUUCAGAUAAAACUGGAACAUUAACGCAAAAUAAAAUGACUGUUGUUGCUGGAACGAUAGGUUUAUCUGUCUCGUUUGCUAGAGAUGCCGAAGCCCAAUCUUUCGAACCUAAAAAUAAUCCUCGCCAGGGUACCGAUAUCUUGGAUAAUCCUAUUUCGAUACAACAAUUAAAAUCUAAACUCCCCGAUGAUAUCAUAAAAUUAUUGAACUAUUCGAUAGCCAUUAAUUCCUCGGCUUUUGAAGGUGAUCCUGAAAAUGGUAAUAGAACUUUUGUUGGUUCUAAAACCGAAACUGCAUUAUUAGGAUUUUUAUUGGAUUUGGAUCUUGAUAAUGUUAAAUCAUUAAGAGAGAAUGCCGAAAUUAAACAAUUAUUCCCGUUUAGCUCAGAGAGAAAAGCGAUGGGUGUAGUUAUAGAAACUGAUUCUAAAUGGAGAUUUUACGUAAAGGGUGCAAGCGAAGUUUUGUUAAAAAAAGCAAAAAGAAUAGUGAAAUUUGAAUCCAAUGAUAAUGCCACUUUUGGAGUGGAUGAUCUAGAUAAAGAACAAACUGAUAAGUUAAAUAAUAUAAUUGAGACAUAUGCCAGUCAAAGUCUAAGAACAAUAGGGAUUGCUUAUCGUGAUUUUGAAGAAUGGCCACCAAAGAACAUGACGUUAAAUGUUGAAGGUGACGUUCCUUACGAGGAAUUAGUCGAUGGUGUCACAUUAUUGAGUAUCGUGGGUAUCGAAGAUCCGCUGAGAGAAGGAGUUCGAGAUGCAGUUCAAAUGUGUAAAAAGGCUGGUGUGACAGUUCGUAUGGUCACUGGUGACAAUAUUUUAACUGCCAAAUCGAUAGCUACACAAUGUGGAAUUUAUACAGGUGGUGAGGUUAUGGAAGGUCCUGCUUUUCGUAAUCUUUCGCCUCAAGAAAUGAAGGCGUUAUUACCAAAUCUUCAAGUUCUUGCUCGAUCUAGUCCUGAAGAUAAGAAAAUAUUGGUUGGACGUCUUAAAGAAUUAGGCGAAGUCGUUGCUGUCACCGGUGAUGGUACAAAUGAUGGUCCUGCUCUAAAACUUUCUGAUGUUGGCUUUUCGAUGGGCAUAGCUGGUACAGAAGUAGCCAAGGAAGCUUCAUCUAUCAUUUUAAUGGACGAUAAUUUUUCAAGUAUUGUCAAGGCUAUUAUGUGGGGUAGAAGUGUAAACGAUGCCGUAAAGAAAUUUUUACAAUUCCAGCUAACGGUUAAUGUUACCGCUGUGUUGCUUACUUUCGUUACGGCCGUGUCAAGCAGUGAUCAAAGAUCCGUUCUUUCAGCUGUUCAAUUAUUAUGGGUCAAUCUUAUCAUGGAUACCUUUGCCGCACUUGCUCUUGCCACAGAUCCACCCACUCUCGAUUUGUUAGAUCGUGAGCCUGAACCCAAAAAUGCACCUUUAAUCACUUUAGAUAUGUGGAAGAUGAUUAUCGGUCAAAGUAUAUUUCAAUUGGUGAUUACUUUGAUUUUAUUUUAUGGAGGUGAAACGAUAUUUAAUUAUGAUCAACCGGUGAUGAGAACCGUUAUAUUUAAUACAUUCGUAUUCCUGCAAAUCUUUAAUGAAAUCAAUUGUCGACGUUUGGAUCACAAGUUAAAUGUUCUUAAAGGUGCUUUGGCAAAUAAAUUUUUAAUUAUUAUUUUCUUUAUAAUGGUUAUUGGACAGGCUUUGAUUGUUCAGUUUGGUAGUGCUGCUUUUCAAGCCACACGGCUUAAUAUAAUACAGUGGUUAAUAUGCGUUGGUUUUGGAUUCUUAUCAAUCCCUGUCGGUGUCAUUAUUCGUUUAAUUCCUACUGAAUUAAUUUGUUGUGGUCUCCGCCCAAGUACUGAAACUGCAACACAAGUACAACGUGAAAAAGAAUUCGACGCGAUUAUAGAGAUGCAAAAUAGAUUAAGGGUCUUUAAAACACUUCGUGGUGGUAGAAUCAGAGCUCAUUUUGGUGAUAAAAAGGAAAAAUAUGAGACACGUUCAAAGGCAUUUGCAGCUGCUACAAUGUUAUCAAGUUUGGUUCCAGCCUCAAUAGGAGCACCAAUUACUUCUGAACCGAAUGCUGCCGGUCAACCAAGGCAAACUGAUACCAAUCAUACCGCAAUAGAUAAUUUACCUGCUGGAAGUCCAAACAUAGUUUGA